GGCGUCACAAGUCCAGUCUGCGUUCUGCGUCCGAUCCGAACGCUGCUCAGUUGUGUGCGCCCGGUGUUUCAGUUCUGUUUUGAAGUUGAUAAUUUCUGUUGGAGAAGUUUAGUGCUAGGAUGUCGAAAGGCAGGUCCGGUGCGGCAGAUAACGGCCCGGCCGGCUAUGAGUGGGAGUACGCCAGGAAAAAGGACGACAGAACCAAAUGGGAGAAGAUCAAGCAGGGCAUUUGGAACCCAGAGAAGCACCAGUUCCUCGGAAGAACUGCCAAAAGUUGGGGUGGAAUCAUCACUUUCUACCUCAUUUUCUACGUUGUCCUAGCUGUAUUCUUCGCCAUUUGUAUGAAGAUUUGGAUGGGUGCUAUUGAUGACAGGUAUCCAACAUGGCAGCUCGAGGAGUCAAUUAUUGGAACAAAUCCAGGAAUGGGUUUCCGUCCUCUGCCUUCAAGUGCUGAUGAAGGUUCUCUCAUUUGGUAUCAAGCAAAAAACAAAACAAAUAUUGAUUCAUGGGUCAAUAAUAUCAACAAAUUCCUAACAAAAUAUAACAACUCAGAAAAACUGCCCCAACAAGGACACAAUCAGAUCAUAUGCCAUUAUGAUCGGCCACCCCAGCCGAACAAAGUCUGUGCGGUUGAUAUCAACAGCAAAGCAUGGGGACCUUGUGUUGAAAAGGAAAAUUACGGGUUCACCAGUUCCAGUCCGUGCAUCUUUCUCAAAUUGAACAGGAUAUACGGAUGGGUACCUGAAUACUACAACGAUACAAAAAAUUUGCCCUCAGAAAUGCCAGAAUCGUUAGUUAAUCAUAUCAAAAGCAUAAACGAUACCAAUGAGUUGAACACAAUCUGGGUGAGUUGUUAUGGAGAAGGACCGGCUGACAGAGAAAACUUGGGACCGAUUCAGUAUUAUCCUCGGCAAGGAUUUCCAGGCUACUUCUAUCCUUACAAGAACGUCGAGGGAUACCUCAGUCCAUUGGUGGCUAUUCAUCUGCAGAGACCAGCAUUGCACUCACUGAUCAACAUCGAGUGUCGCGCUUGGGCUAAGAACGUGCUCUACAAACGAAGUUUACACAACCGGGAGGGAUCAGUCCAUUUUGAAUUGAUGAUUGACUAGAUAUUGUGAUAG